AAUCCUAAACCAAGAGAAUGUGUGUGUGGGUGCUGAGGGGUAGAAGUUGGGGGCUGGAUCAACAGUGAGGGUGUUAGGACAGUGUCAGAUCAAAACUGGUAUUUGUAUACAAUCCUUUUCCAUUUCUUUUUUCCUGCUGGUGUCUCUUCCCAUCUCUUUCUCCCUUCUCUCUUCAGCAGGUUGAGUUUUCCUCCCUCUCCUCCACUAUGUUUCAUUGGGGCUGGAAGGUGUGACUAUGAGAGGCAAUGUCUGGUGGUGUCACUGACCUGCAGGCUCUGCAGAGCCACCUCCAGGCCAUGGACCAAGGGAUGGGAGAUGGCGAGCAGCCAGACGAUCACCCACUGUACAAACUGCCUGAGCCUGGACUGGAAGGUGCUGUUCUCUGCAGCCCUGACUUCCAACAGCCCCAGGAGCUGGAGCUCCAGGAGUCCCGAGGACACGCCCCCCCAGAAUGUACCAGCGCCCAACCCCAUGGAGCCCUGAGCAGUCUUGGGAGGUCCAGCCACUCUCUGCUGUGCGUGGAAGAGGAGAUCAAGAACCGGAAAAGACCCAGGCUCUCCAACGGACCCCAGGCCAGUCCCAGCCUUGUCUCUCACUUCCCUCGUGCGCUGAGCGGGCCACAGCCCCAGGGCCCGUCCCCCUUCGGACACGUCCUUCAGAGCAAUAGCCUGGAUCUCCACAGCAGACGUCCCCAGGACGGGCUGCCACACACCAGGACUUUGGACAAUCCCAGAGCCGCUCAUUCUGGGGCCUCGGUGCUCUACAGGCCCAGCACAGAGCAGCUGGAGUCUCCAUCCCUGAAUUACGGACUCGAGGACAGCUGCCCAUGGAGCAGCCGAGCUCCCUCGGGAGGCAGCAGCAUUAGCAGCCGAGCGAGCAAGGUGACGGGUCUCUACGCUGAGCUGGUCAAGGAGCUGGAGCUGCAGAUGUCCGAGCUGCGGAAUCUCCUCGCCUCUCGCGAAGAGGCCGCCAUGUGGCAGGAGAGGAGGAUCAAGGAGCUGGAGCUGGAGAAUCAACAGUUGAAGAGCCAGCUCCGGAACCUAGAGGAGCAGAACGACAUCCUCUCCAGCAGGAACGGGGCAGGGGCAGCGGCAGGCAGGACGGUGCUGGGGUCCGGAACCGGCGGUGUUGACAUCAACGAGAGCAACAUCCAAUUCCUGAAAGGCCUGGUGGGGCUGCUGGAGAGCAACGCAGCAUUGCAGGCCAAUGGCCUCCAGCCAUUCACCUCUCCCAUUGUGGGGGAGCAGAGGUGCACCCCAGCUGAGGUCCCCAAAAGCCCCCCAGUCUGGAGGAUGCGAGCUGGGGUCCCGAGCGGCUUCCCACCCUGGAUGAGCACAGAGGACGGCUCGGGGAGCCCCGUCACGCUCAGCGAUGCCACCUGCUUAUGGGAGGAGAACAUACAAGAUACGCUGCCCGAUGGCACCCCGGUGUGGGCGUCGCCCGUGGAGGAGAAUGGGAGACCCAAGCUGGAGCUGAUCCCCAACUCGGGGGUCUACGUCACCCACCACCAGCUGGACGACCUCUCGCAGGUUUCUACCGACAAGCCCAAGCUGAUGACCAGGCGCCUGCUGGAUUACUUCUUCUCCCGGGAGACGCUCGCCAGGUCUUCGGCCACCGGCCAGCGCAUCGCCCACAACAACACGACCAUGGAGAAACCCAUCCGCCUGCCGGUCGCAGUGGAGGGGUUCUGUUUGGUGUGAAGUCGGACUGCCUGGGACUGAAUCCGCAGAGCCGGCGGAUAGCACCGGCAGGGGCACUUCAAGCGUCCGUCCCACAGCAAAGCCAACGGGGCUGAGGCCUGCUUGGGGUUUUCCUCGGGCAGCCUUUCCGGUGUGCAUGCCCAGUUCAGUUCUCAGCUCCCCUGCUGAGACUGCCAGAGCUGGCCAGUUAGUGCCGGGGUGGUCGGGACUAGCUGUCUACUGCAAAGAGGACCGAGCCGCCCCACUCCUUUCACCUUGGCCAUGCACCGCCCCAGGGAGAUGAUGAGUUUCAGUCCCUGGCGAGCUAGGCUUGAUUUGAAUUGGGGACUUAAGAGAGGAAAAGCUCAGAGCCCGUUCCCAGCCCCUCGAACUAUCCCAUCUGCUAGUUGGGAAUAUAUUUUAUCCGUACCCUCAUCUGUGCUGGUACAACUCCCCCUUCUGCCAUAGUUCAGGACCCCCAAACACAGCAGCAUUGUUACUGCCAAAAGAGUCAUUGGGCCCGGCCCAGCGAAUUACAAAACGUAACCACCCAGCAUUAGUGGUGAGAAGCACGUGAGGCUGCAGAAAGAGAGGGUUAGCUUUAAUACCCCAAGCUGUGCGCCUGGGUUGGACAGGCGGAGACGCCGGAACAAUUCUAACGGUAGAUGCAGGCCAAGGUUUCCAGAAAGGGUCCACUCGAGGCACCUUAAAGGGUCCUGAUUUUCAGAGUGCUGGUGCUAAGUGCUUUCUGAAAACCCUGUCAAGGGGUCUCAGAUUGGGCACCCACAAGCCAAGGCAGCCCAGAUCCCCAGUCACGUCCCCCCGCGCUUUACACACCUUCAACUCACUAGUGUUUCUGAUCUAGUUAAUCCGCCGCCCUCGUGCAGUUCCUAUGAUGUAGGGAUUACCACCCCGUUCGGCAGCAAAGAAUUCAGACACAGAGGGUGAAGAGACCAACGGGCUAAAUGCAAGAUCAGAUUGGAUGGGUGAUGCCCCAGGCCGCAGAGCAAGUUAAUAGCACCUCUGGGAUGAGAGCCUGGUGCCCUUGUCUGGGUCCCACAUUCUGCAGGGUCUUAGGGGUUUUGCAUGCUGGGAUCCGGCGGGAUUCAUCUCAGUGGAUUCAUAAAAAGCCAGAGCGACUCUGGUUGUUUGCUCCACUUCUCUGCCCUCCCCACCCUCCUCCAGAGUACGUCACCAAAGUGUGCGGCAAGAGCUGCAACUUCAACGCCGUGAUCAACAGCAAGUGUGGCACCUCCCGGAGGGCGGUCAAGAAAAUGA